AUGUUCUCAGGGUUUGGAUUUAACGAUAAUGGUACCACUUCCUCGUUAAAUGAGUUAGCAUUGUUUAGAGAUAUUAAAACGAACAUUGCUCUAAAUGAGAAUGAAAGUAAUGUUUCGAAAGGUAGUUCUCACCAAAAGAGUAGAUUUACAUUCGAUGAUUUAAAUCAAAAUGGGAAUGCGAGUAACAAGAAGAAAAUGUGGAGUAAAUAUAUUGUCAAUAAGCGGAAGAAGAGGGCACAAUACUAUCCUCCCCUAGCUGCAUAUAACACAUUUGAUGAGACACCGUUCAUCCCUCAAUCAAGAAUUAAAUAUGGAAACGCUACAGGAGCCAAGUUCGAUGAAAUGGUGAUGAAAGAAGAAAUGAUGAAAAAAAGACUUAAAGAUAUACAGAAGUUAGGUUGGAACUUCAUACGAUCAAUUGGAGUUUCAAAAACUAUGCAACAAUUGGAGGAGGAGCAUAAGGCUCUUCUGGAGGCAGAUAAGGACCUUGAUAGAGAAGGAACUGCAUACCCUACAGCAAUCGAUACCGACCUUGACAAUAGUAGAUCAGGAGUAAGCAGACAUUUUGAUGACCAACGACCUGAAGUUCAGUUAGGAAGUUCUACUUUACCAAGUAAUACAUCUAGGCCAAAUAGAUUACCACAUGCAUUUCAAGAGAAUAUAGAUGAUGAUGGAACUACCUUCAGCGAGCUAAAUGAACCGGAUCAUAACAGAGAAGAAAUUCUUAUAGCUGACGAAUAUGAUGAGAUACAAGAGGAUGAACUUUCGUAUGACUAUAGUGAAGAAUAUGCAAGAGUUGAAGACGAUUAUGAAGAAAACACGAAUGGAAAUAGAAAUAGUAUGAACCAAAGUGAUUAUGGAUCGGACGUUCAGCAAACAAAUUUUACAGAUAUAGACAAUAGAAUAUUACUUCAUAGAAACAACAGUGAAAGUUUUAACGAAGUAGAAGCUGGGAUAGAAGCGAUGGAUGUACCUAUUAUAGACUUCUCGAAUAGCCGUCAAACUGAACAAAUUACUGAUCCGUCUAGGAAUUUAGAGCUACAACAAUAUGUCGAAUCAUCACAUUUGAGAAACUCUGUUGACGUAUAUGAUGUAGCUAAUGAUUACGAUUAUCACAGAAUUGACGCUGAUGCUGAUACCGCCGAUAGUCACGACUAUUCAGAAGUGCCAUCAUUAAAUGUCUCUGAUCCACCAACUGUGAAUGAUAAUCAAAGAGUUAGUAGUCUUACCGAGGCAGGUAGAAGUCUGACUAUUGAACAAUUUGAAAGAAUACACGAAUCAAACUUACCACAGUAA